AUGACAACUCACCCAGUGCACCAGCCCAAGUACGACUGGUACCAGGCUGGGGGACUGAUCCGCAGCGUGCAGUUCCAUGCGCUCAGAGGUCCUGAGCCCCUGUACAUAGCUUCUGUGGGUGUUUGGCCACGUUCGGAGGUCGAGGUGGAGGUUGAGCUCCAGGCAUCGCAAGCGGCGGUUGGACGCCCUGAGCUGGUGUUUCGCUACCGCUUCGACGACGCGAGCCGAUGCCAGGAGGCAGCAAGCUGGGAUCAGCUUCCGGGAGCAACGGCGCAGCUUCUGGUUCCAGAGGCCAGCAUCUGGGACCCCAAAGCGGACGAGCCAUCCUUGCACCACCUGUCUGUGGCCUUGUUCCACGAAGAGCAGAUGCUUGACUGCCACCACGUUCGAUUCGGCCUGCGCAAAGUGGGAACACGCGGCACCCAGCUCCUCCUCAACGGUGCGCCUCUGAAGCUGCUGGGCUUUAACCGCCACGACAUGGUCGACACCCCGGUGCUAACCUUCGACCAGCUGCUCAGAGACGUAUUGCUCCUGAAGGACCUAGGGGCCAACUUCGUCCGCGGGGCGCAUUACCCACAGGACCCGCGCUUCUUGGACCUCUGUGACGAGCAUGGGCUCCUGGUGUGGGAGGAGGUCCUGGGCUGGCAGAACACCGCCGCCGACUUUGCCGAUGCAACGUUCAUGGCACAGAGCUUCCGCAUGGCUGAAGAGAUGGCGCGGGCAUCGGCAAACCAUCCAUCGGUGAUUUUCUACGGCUUCUUUAAUGAGGGAGAGUCUUUCGACGAUGGUGAUGCCAGCUGCCGUGCAUACGAGUCCAUGGCGGCGCAGCUGCGCAGGCACAGUGGGCGAAGUCGCUUGAUCAGCUACGGGUCCAACCAUGCCGGGGAGGACCGGCAGCUUGGGACAGUGGAUGUCUAUGCAUUCCACCUGUAUUUGGCCUGGUACCCAACGACACACCCGGUGGUAAAGGAGGAAGUGGAGGAGAUCCCUGGCAUUUGGGAGCAAGUGCGGCUGUGGUCGCUUCAGGCCGGCGAGAAGCCCAUGCUCAUCACCGAAGCCGGAGCGGGCGGCGUUUUCGGGUUCCGCGGUUCUGUCUCGCAGAAGUGGACAGAGGAAUACCAGGCGCUGCUCCUCUCCACCCACCUCGCGGCUGCCACUGCCAAUCCCGGCAUCGCAGGCAUCUCCUUGUGGCAGUUCGCCGACAUUCCCAUUGACCGCAGCGUGAGCGACGAGCAACAUCGGCCCCGAGGCCUCAACAACAAGGGCGUCUUCAGCCUGCACCGAAUUCCAAAGCUCAGCGCGGCAGCCGUGGCAGAGCUGCUCCGGCGUGUGGAGGGGCUCGGAUGA